AUCAUCUCCCACGCUCUCCACCCAGUCCGCUCUACCUCCGGAUUGAUUGUGGUUUGCUUACCAUCUUCUAUUUUCGCUCAAUCCUUCCAUCUUUUCUAUCAUACCUCUAUCUCGCUUCUCUACCUAUCCUGCACCACAACCUCCAUCCCAACAUUCUCCCACACUACCGCCGACUGCCUACUCACGAAACUAACCUCCAACCCUCUAAGCUAUCAAUCAUACCUCGCUCCCUCGUUUACCCAGUUUUCUUACACGUCUUCCAAAUGUCUCAAUUCUUUGGCUCUAUCGGUCGUGGUCUUCGCGGGAAGAAGCCGGAUAAGCCUAAACCUUCGCCCCUACUCUCAGCAUCAGGUAACAGUGGAAAUGGUGGAGCCAGUGGGAGCAGUGGGAAUAGCGGGAACAGUGGUGGCAGCUUCAUUCCCAUUUCCGGAAAUCUGAUGCCGGGAUCUCCCUCCGGCCCGAGAAUCACUCAAAAGCCACUCUUUCUCUGCAAACCGUUUGUCACAAGCCAGCUUGUCAAAGGCAGCUUCUCUACCAUUGUUGUCCUUCCCCGGUAUGUCGAUCAAGGCGAAUGGCUAGCUCUCAACUUGUUUGAGUUUUUCGAUAUGCUGAACAAGUUUUACGGGGUUGUGCAGGAGUUCUGUACUCCGCAAGCUUGCCCCUCAAUGUCUGCAGGGCCCGGUUUGGACUAUUCUUGGCUUGAUGCGAACAAGAAGCCAUUGCGUUUGCCCGCAACCACAUACAUUGAGUACGUUCUCCAAUGGAUCUCAAACCGCAUCAAUGACGAGUCUAUAUUUCCCACAAAGGCCAAUCCAGCCACUACCUCUACUGAUGGUGGCUUUCCACAAAAUUUCUAUGUCACCUGCAAGGCCAUCUACAAGCAAAUGUUUCGCGUUUUCGCACAUAUCUACCACACUCACUUUGCAAAAAUCGUUCACAUGAGCUUAGAAGCCCAUUUCAACAGCUUUUUUGCACAUUUUAUCCACUUUGCACGGGCUUUCGAACUGCUAGAACGGCGUGAUAUAGAACCUCUCCGUUCCCUGAUUGACUCCUUCGAGGAACAAGGUCUUUUUAAAGACAACGAACGGUCCAGAGAACAGUAAUUAUUCUCAAAGACAACACUUGCAAUCAGGCGCUGUUUGCAUGGCUGUUAUUGUGUGUUUUACUCCUAAAUCUCGAAGUUAAGGGAUGUUUUUUUUUCCUUUCUCUGCUCAUCUAUUCAUUCGAACUAUUCACUAUGGAGUUACCAACAUCAGGCAUGGCUAGCAAUUAAAUUCAUGUUUCCGCCCCUUUUCUCAUAA